AUGCGCCAGACUAGUUAAAAGGAAAACAGCAGUAUAGCUAGUAAUGGUGGAGUUAAUGGUAACAGAAAAUCAUGCCCAAACUCAAAGUCUUCUAUAUUAUCUGGAGGUUCAAUAUCAAAUGGAAGAUAUUCUUGCAUGAGCGGUGAUUCUUGUACUGAUAAGUCAAGCAGAAGUAGUAGUAACAACUAUAAAGCCGAUAGAUUUAUUCCAUUUAGAGGCACUUAAGACAAUUUCUUUGAAGAGUUUAUUAUGAACAAUGACCCAUUCAACGAGACUAAAAAGAAAAAGAGAUAAGGGUCAAAUAGUCGUUAGUCAAAUUAAAUUAACGGUGUAGCAACUGACAAUACAAACAACAACAGCAAUAUUGUUACCAAUACGAGAUCGACAAACUCUAACAGCAAUAACCAAACCACAUCAAAUACUAUCAUGGCAGACAACAGUAACUACAGCAGCAACAGUUCUAGCUCCCCCGAUGGUAUUCAAUACUCUAGAGGCUCGGGGAACAAAAUUAAGCAAACUUUCCAGGAAUUUAUCACAGAGAGUUUAUUCUCUAACAAUAGAGGGUCACCUAACACUUUAACGAUCAAAGAAGCUCAAGAGGAGGAACAGUUAAGAUCUAAAAUAACUGAUGACAAAGCUCUUGCACUAACCAAAUAGAGAAUUUUAUCCUUCAAAGAAAAGAAGGACAAACCUACCAUGUCACUGUAAAAGAAUCUGUCGCUUAUUAGUUCAAUUGCCCAAGAGAAGACUCAUAAAUAAAAAAAGAGCUUAAGAUAUAUACCUCAAGUACCUGAAAAGAUACUAGACGCUCCCGAUUUGCAAGAUGAUUAUUAUCUCAACUUGCUUGAUUGGAGUCAGGAGAAUAUAUUAGCUGUCUGCCUAGCUCAGACAGUUUACCUAUGGAAUUCGGACAGUGGCGAAAUUAAGCAGCUGUUUGACACUGAGAAUGAUGAUGAUAUAGUUACAUCAGUUUCGUGGAUGAAAGGAUCAGGAUCGGUUAUCGCAAUUGGAACUCAAAGUAAAUAAAUUCAUCUUUGGGACACAAAUAAAUUUGAAAGAAUAAGAACGUUUGAAGGGUAGCAUACCGAGAGAGUCAGCUCCCUCUCUUGGAAUCCUCUUCACACUUCUCUACUAUCAAGUGGCUCUCUAGACUCUUUCAUUCACAAUAAUGAUGUCAGAGUCCCCAUCUAAUAAAGCAUGAUAUGCACCUAUAAAGCUCAUAGAUAAGAAGUCUGUGGACUAAAAUGGAGCCCAGAUGGACAAUAACUAGCAAGUGGUGGAAACGAUAACUUGUUAUGCAUUUGGGACAUUAACAAUAGAAUGAGAGGUAUUCCAUAAAUGAGCCAUAUAUCUCAUUCACCUAGUGUGUAUGGCCCACGAUAUUGCUUUACAGAUCAUAAAGCUGCUGUCAAAGCAUUGUCUUGGUGCCCAUGGUAAAAAAAUCUAUUGGCCUCAGGUGGUGGUUCAAGAGAUCAGUGUAUCAAGUUCUGGAACACUGAUAAGGGAAGCUUAAUAAAUUCAGUACAAACAGAUUCUCAAGUCUGCGCCCUUCAAUGGAAUCCUUAUGAGAAAGAAAUUCUUUCCUCACAUGGAUUCAUCAAUAAUCAGCUGUCUAUUUGGAAAUACCCAAAUAUGAAGAAAGUGGCAGAUUUGAGAGGUCACACAAGCAGGGUAUUACAUCUUGCUCUCAGCCCAGAUGGAACAACAGUAGCUAGUGCGGCUGCAGACGAAACCUUGAGGUUUUGGAAAGUCUUUUAGCCCUCAUCCUCUACUGGUGUUCUUCCAAUGAGCAAGUCAUCAUUAGGUUUCACAAAUAAAUGCCCAAGCACAGACCUGCUAAUGGCAGACUCUAACAAAUUCUUUCAGACUCCAUCUGUUUUUGCAACUGCUUUACGUUGA